AUGAAAUUCGGGAAACAGAUUCAAAAACGGCAGCUCGAGGUGCCCGAAUAUGCCGCCAGUUUUACGAAUUACAAGGCACUCAAGAAGCUCAUCAAAAAACUCUCGGCAACACCAGUCCUCCAGUCUCAGAAUGGCGCCACCGGCGUUCAGGCAACCGGCUUUUGUGCUGCCACACCGGGCAGCAUCAGCGGCGGGCUGGAGCACCUCGACUCGCAAGCCGCCCUCCAAGCCAACAAGGCCACAUUCUUUUUUCAACUGGAAAGAGAACUAGAAAAAGUCAACGCCUUCUACCUCCAAAAAGAAGCCGAGCUCAAGAUCCGGCUCAAGACGCUCCUCGACAAGAAAAAGGUUCUCCAGUCCCGCCAUCAGCAGGGCGGGGGGAACAACCUGUCCCGGCGCUCGGCAAAGUUCACCACCCUGCAGGAAGGUUUUCAACAAUUCGCCAACGACCUCAACAAGCUCCAGCAGUUUGUCGAGAUCAACGGGACAGCCUUUUCCAAGAUUCUGAAGAAGUGGGACAAGACGAGCAAGUCCAAGACCAAGGAGCUGUAUCUGAGCCGGGCGGUGGAGGUGCAGCCUUUUUUCAACGCGACGGUGAUCAGUGAGCUGAGUGAUCAGGCCACGACGAGCCUGCAGGAGCUGGGGGCGUGGGCGGAUGGGGAGAAUUUGAGCUUUCAGGAGACGGGGACGACCGCAGGGCAUAUUGUCAGUAGUCAGCAUCUGCUUGGGACGGACGAGGGGGAUGCGGACACGCUGCUGCUUGAUACGGUGCUGAGUGGGAAUUUGGAGGGGUUGAGGGAUUUGCUCGGGCGGAUGAGGGCUGCUGGUGGGGACGAGAGACAGCAGCAGCAGCAGAACAUGGUCAUGAUGGAGCGGGUGACUAGGACUUUUCUCGCGAGCAUCAAUGAGGGUCCGUUGGAGGCGCUGCAUGUGCUGUUGGAGACGGGGUUGGUGGAUAUUCAGAGCGAGGAUGAUAUCAACGAGAGGAAUUGUCUGCAUCAGGCGGCGAUAUAUGGGAACGGGUUUGUGCUGGAGUAUGGGCUUGCUAAGGGGGUGGCGGUGGACCGGACGGAUGUUUAUGGGCGGGUGCCGUUGCAUUAUGCGAGCAUUCAUGGGAGGCUGGAUAUGCUGGACAAGUUGCUCGCGGGGGCGCCAGAGACGAUCAACUUGAUUGAUCAUGACAACUAUACGCCGCUGAUUCACGCGAUCGUGCAUGGGCAUCUGGAGUGUGUGGGGAGGCUAUUGGAGAGGGAGGCGAGGUUGGAUCCGGUGUCGGACACGGAUCAUGUGCCGUUGAAUCUGGCUUGUGAGCAUGGGUCCUUGGCUGUUGCCGAGCUGUUGCUGAAGCACGGGGCGAGGAUAUUGGCUGAUGCCGAGGGGCUUUACCCUCAGCAUUUGGUGGCUAGGUCGGGCCAGACGCCCGAGUUGUUGCUGCUGCUCCAGAACUACGGGGCGGAUUUGGACCAGAUUGACAAGCUGUAUGGCUGGACACCGUUGGUACACGCGGCGAGCGAAGGGAACGUUCCUUGUCUUCAGGCACUGCUGAAUGUGGGCGCCGACCCAAACAUUCUGGACGAAAAGGACCUUCCGGCAAUGUACUAUGCAGCCUGGGAGGGUCAUCUGGAGUGCAUGAAGCUCCUCACGCCGCUCAGCAAAGACAAGACGUCCAGCCCACUGGCACGGCAAGUAGCGGCCCCCUUGGCCCCCAUGGCCAGCAGCAGCGCCCCCAUCCCCAUGUCUCUCGACGUGGACGCCAUCCCGGUCCUCGAGCUCCCACCGCCAAUCAUCCCACUACGCCGCUACGGCCACAACUUCCUCGACAACAAAACCGUCGUCCAAAUCAACUUUGACGGCGACCAGCCCCUCGUCUUCUUCCACGACAGCAAAUACCCCGCCGCCCGCCUCACCAUCUCCUCCAAGGUUUCGGAUGUCAUCCCCAAGAACAUCAUGCUCCCCUUCCAAGAAGACACCCGGCUCGUCUCUUUUCAGAUUGACAACCUCGACUCUUUCACCCUAGACUUUGACGUCUUCCCGGCCUACGGCGCAAAGGUCAUCGCCAAAACCGUCGCCCUCCCCAACACAUUCCGCGCCUUGCUAAACUCCAACUCGGGCAGCUGCUGCCUCCCUCUCUUCGACCCCCGCCUCCGCGCGAUCGGGCAAAUCAGCUUCCACGCCCAGGUCAUCAAGCCCUUCCAAGGAAAACCCCUCGAGAUAACCGACUUUGAGACCUACUGGAAGGCAACCUCCCAAUUCGACACCCCCUCCAUGCCCGCCACCACCCCGGCCAUGCCCAACACCACCUUUGUCACCGGGUCCUCUCUAACCGGCGACUUUGUCCGGAUUUAUGUCCAGCACACCUCAGAUGGCAUCCCGGUCCUCUGGCCCCAAUGGACGGUCCCUUGCACUGCGGGGAUUGACAUCCCCGUGUCGAGGUUAACACUCUCCCAGUUCGGGACUGUAACCGGCCCUUCUCUUGCCGCCGCACUACCAGACGACAUCCCCUCUGUCCACAAAAUCCUCGCCUCGGCAGGGGGAACAACACUUCACGAGGCGUUGUCUCUCUUGCCGAAAGGAAUGCACGUCAACAUCCAGGUUUUAUACCCCACACCAGCUGAGCGGGAGAGGAUGCUCCCCCUCACCGGCGCCGGCCACGGCCUCAGUGCUGAUCUGAACGCUUUUGUUGAUGCGAUCUUGACAGUAGUGUUUGACCACGCACGUGCGCAGAGGAGUGGCCCGGGGAGGGGGGGGAGGAACGUGGUGUUUAGCAGUUACAAUGCUAGCGUUUGCACGGCGCUGAACUGGAAGCAGCCGAACUUUCCGGUGUUUUUGUGUAACGAUUUGGGGAAGGGGGGGGAUGGGGAGGAGGGACAGGGGGUUAGUGUCAAGGAUGCGGUGAGGACGGCGCAGAGUAACAACUUGAUGGGGUUGGUCUGUUGUGAGAGGUUGUUGGACAUGGUGCCUGCGCUCGUGGAUGCGGUUAAAAGUCAUGGGCUGGCGUUGGUGGUGGAUAAAUCUGCUGCUGCUGCGAGUGAUAGCACCACACCCCCUACAGCAACGGGAGGGGAUAUCUUUGGUGUUGUUGCCGAUCCGUUUCCGAGGUUGCCAAAGGGGGUGGAUGGGGUGUUGAAACGGGAUGGGAUCUUGAAGUUUUGUGAGUCGAUUGAUGUUUGA